AUGAGCAACCGCGACAGCGAUUCCUCGGGGCAGACUUCCCAGUCUGUGUCGGGUGGUCGGAACGGGAACCUCAAGCCUCUGUCAUCAGAUCGAUCUCGCUAUACAAAUCGAGCCCCUGACAUCAACAAUCUCCAUGGCUUUCGCAUUGAACGUCGAGACUUGAAAUGGGACAUGCCUACGGAUAGCUUGGAUGAUUUCUUCUUCGAGGAUCAAUACCUGCUCAUGCUCCAGCAAAUCUAUGCCCUUAUGGAAACAACGCUGGUUCUCGGUCCAAGGCGCAUGCCAUACGAGGUCUCGCCCUGGUCGCUACCGACAGCUAAUCAGGGCGACGUGACGUUGGAGCAGUACACGUCCUUAGUAGCUCAGCCUGACCCGUUAUUCAAGUAUCCAUGGGAUACACUACUCAUAUUCAAGAGGGAAACACAGCACUUCUUGACAGCAGUGAUGAACAAGAUGCUACAUGAAAUGACUUUCAAGUCGCUCCUAUUCGGCGCUAGUAAGGAGCAGAUGAAAAUCCUUACCGAACAGGACGACACACUUAUCAACGAAGAAGGAUUCGGACGAACAAGGUUGCGAGCCGAGUAUAUCAACAUGUUUUUGAAAGGCCGAGCACCCCCACUGUUCUGGGAGCAGGUCGACGAGACGGCCAUUGGCAUCACGAGGGCGUUCCUACCGGUCAUCGCCUGGAUAAGAAAGACAAGGAUCGACGAGGUACCCUCCAUAGGCGAGAUUCACCAGCAGAUCCACGGCAUAGUAGCGUUCACAGCGUGGCUUGCUGUGUGCAAUCGCCGGUCUGUGUCCAUCAUCGAAUUUGAAUGGCCGACGCCAGGGGAGUGCGAUCUUCCAUCAAGCAAUACGGAAAACUUUGACGAGUGGGUUUACCGAAAGGGGCUGAAGAGGGUUGAACAGUAUUGCCGCAAAAGGGGUUCCUAUAAGCCCCGUCGCGCGAGAGUCAUGAUCGCCAUCGCACCAUCAGCGUGGCGGUACACAGUAGCUUCAGACGGAUACUGGAAGGUGCGACUGCAACAAAAGCGAGCUGUGUACUACCAUGGACUCCAGGAUGACAUGGACGAGAAGAAGGAGCACAGCAUUACCUUAUCGAAGUGGGCAACCAUGCAAAGGGCGAAGGCUGAGGGGGGGGUGAGGUCGCUUGCGGGGCAGUUCUGGCGAUACCUGGGGGCCAUGCUUGUAGCACUGUUUCUGGCGUGGGCUAUUGUGCAUCGCGGGGACCCUGUACAGGCACCAUGGUGA